AUGCAUAGUCAACUUCCAUCCCAACCCAACCCCAUCCACCUCUUCCAUCCCGACCCCAUCCACCGUAACCAUCCCAACCCACCCACCUUUUCCGUCCCCAGCCCGACCUCCUCUUCUUUCUCCACCCCAUCCACCUCCUCCAUCCCAGCCCCAUCCACCUCCUCCAUCCAGCCCCCAUCCACCUCCUGCAUCCCAACCCCAUCCACCUCCACCAUCCAGACUCACCCACCUUUUCAAUCCCUACCCCAUCCACCUCUUCCAUCACCACCCACCCCACCUUUUCCGUCCCUGCCCCAUCCACCUCUUCCAUCCCGUCCCACCCCACCUCUUUCGUUAACACCCCAUUCAUCCCCUCCAUCCCAACCCCAUCCACCUCUUUCGUCAACAUCCCAACCACCUCCUCCAUCCCAACCCCAUCCACCUCCACCAUCCCAACUCACCCACCUUUUCAAUUCCUACCCUACCCACCUCUUCCAUCCCCACCGCAUCCACCUUUUCCGUCCCUGCCCCAUCUACCUCCACCAUCCCAACUCACCCACCUUUUCAAUUCCUACCCUACCCACCUCUUCCAUCCCCACCGCAUCCACCUUUUCCGUCCCUGCCCCAUCUACCUCCUCCAUCCCAACUCACCCACCUUUUCAAUUCCUACCCUACCCACCUCUUCCAUCCCCACCGCAUCCACCUUUUCCGUCCCUGCCCCAUCUACCUCCACCAUCCCAACUCCCCCUCCUUUUCAAUUCCUCCCCUACCCACCUCUUCCAUCCCCACCGCAUCCACCUUUUCCGUCCCUGCCCCAUCUACCUCCACCAUCCCAACUCCCCCUCCUUUUCAAUUCCUCCCCUACCCACCUCUUCCAUCCCCACCGCAUCCACCUUUUCCGUCCCUGCCCCAUCUACCUCCACCAUCCCAACUCCCCCUCCUUUUCAAUUCCUCCCCUACCCACCUCUUCCAUCCCCACCGCAUCCACCUUUUCCGUCCCUGCCCCAUCUACCUCCACCAUCCCAACUCCCCCUCCUUUUCAAUUCCUCCCCUACCCACCUCUUCCAUCCCCACCGCAUCCACCUUUUCCGUCCCUGCCCCAUCUACCUCCACCAUCCCAACUCACCCACCUUUUCAAUUCCUACCCUACCCACCUCUUCCAUCACAACCGCAUCCACCUUUUCCGUCCCCACACCAUCCACCUCCACCAUCCCAACCCACCCACCUUUUCCGUCCCUGCCCCAUCCACCUCUUCCAUCCCCACCCACCCCACCUCUUUCGGUAAAACCCCAUUCACCCCCCCCAUCCCAACCCCAUCCACCUCUUUCGUCAACAUCCCAACCACCUCCUCCAUCCCAACCCCAUCCACCUCCACCAUCCCAACUCACCCACCUUUUCAAUCCCUACCCCAUCCACCUCUUCCAUCACAACCGCAUCCACCUUUUCCGUCCCCACACCAUCCACCUCCACCAUCCCAACCCACCCACCUUUUCCGUCCCUGCCCCAUCCACCUCUUCCAUCCCCACCCACCCCACCUCUUUCGUUAACACCCCAUUCACCCCCUCCAUCCCUACACUAACCACCUCCUCCAUCCCCACCCCUCAUUUACCUCUUUCGUUAACACCCCAACCACCUCCACCAUCCCCACCCCUCAUCCACCUCUUCCGUCCCAGCGAGGACAUUUUCGUGGAAACACCCUUAUUAUUCCAAAAGGGGCCGUGCACCACCAUCCCCACUACGCCAUCCCCACCCCACCAUCCCCAUGGCUGGUGUCUGCACCACUACCUGACAGGUACCAAUACACCCUGUAUAUCAAAACUCUAA